AUGGCGGAAUCGUCUUCUUCGUUGGCAUCGCCCACUGAAGAGAUCGUUCGGUUAAUCAAGCGAUUAAGCGCUUACGUUGCUUUCAAGAUGUCAAACCUCUUCUCUACAUCGACGAUUCGCAAUCUGGAUUCGCGAUCUAUUGGUGCUAUUGCGGGGCUUGCAAUCGCUGUGAUAUUCACAUGGAGAGCGAUAAGAACACCAGGGGAACGCCAAAGACGGCAGCCUAAACGGAGGAUGCAACCAGCUGAAACCUCUAAUGCCGCCGCCGCUGCUGCUGCUGGGCAGACGAAUGUAACUUCGGUCCCUCCCGAGUUUUCUUCGCCUCGUGAGGAUUCCGCGGCGCAAGACGUCGUUGAUCAGUUCUUUCAACCUGUAAAACCUACUUUGGGACAAUUAGUUAGGCAGAAGCUUAGUGAAGGAAGGAAGGUAACAUGCCGUCUUCUUGGAGUCAUUCUUGAGGAAUCAAGUCCAGAAGAACUUCAAAAACAAGUAACAGUGAAGUCAUCUGUGCUGGAAGUUCUCCUAGAGAUUACAAAGUGUUCUGAUUUAUAUCUCAUGGAAAGAGUUCUUGACGAUGAAACCGAAGCCAAAGUCCUACAGGCUUUAGAGAGUGCAGGUGUUUUCACAUCUGGUGGUUUGGUCAAAGAUAAGGUCCUGUUUUGUAGCACAGAGGUCGGAAGAACAUCGUUUGUUAGACAGCUAGAGCCUGACUGGCAUAUCGAUACAAACCCAGAAAUCAACACACAACUAGCUAGGUUUAUCAAGUAUCAGCUUCACGUCUCUGCGGCGAAACCCGAGCGGUUGGCUCCAAAUGUGUUCACGUCGCAGUCACUAGAACAGUUCUUUGGAUGUGCUUCUUGA